GAGUCCGGACUCGAAAGGAAAUCAUUUUCCGUGUGGAUUUAAGGUAAUCUCCAGAAAUGAACUUUCUCCUCAAGUUAUUUCUGAUUGGGCUCAGUAUUACUGCAUUGAGUAUUUACAGUAUACAACAAGGAUUUCUGGAUGUUACAGAUGUCACAAACAGACUGUUUCCAUUAGGCAAAGGGUACCUCCAAGUCUUUCCUAAACAAAGCAUUGGGCCAUUUCCCAGUAAAAAUCGUUCGUCUUGUUCCUGUAAUGGAUUUGCUAUACUUGCGCAGAAUGUGCAAGUGGGUGAACUGGAAGAUCUUCAGAGACGUCGGUCGGAGGAAUACCAGAAAUGCCAGCUCAGAAUGGGGACAAAGAUGGAUUCACUUAUUCUUGCCCAAGCUAACUCGCCCCUCCAAUAUCCCACCCAGGGUUUCGAAGUGCCACCUCUUACAAAAAGAGUGAUACCAGGUUUGGCUCUGCAUGCACAAAGAAGAAGACUAUAUAAGGUGUCUUUGAGUGUGAAGAGUGGAGUGCUCUCAGUAGAGGAUGUUCUGGAUGGACAGCAGGUGGAUGGACAGGGUCAGAGUGAACUGAGCAUCUCAUCUAGCAGCAUCACACAACUCAAUGAUCUGCUGUCCAGAGUGACCUACACCAGCACUAUCUACCAUGUCAAGACUAAAGAUCUGGUUCAUUUUUCUUUUGAGGACUAUGAGGCCAUAUUUCCCAUUGUGAUCAAGAGAACCUCAGUUCCUGUUUUGUACGACCCAGGGACAGAUAUUAACUCACAGGUAACCAUAACAACAAAGACCUUUCUGAGAUAUGAAGAGCUGAACGUCCUCAUCAAGAGUAUCCGCCAGCUUUACCCCAAAAUCAAGAUCAUUGUUGCAGAUGACAGCCUGACGCCAGAAAAGGUGACUGGCAACAAUGUAGAGCACUACAUCAUGCCUCCUGCACAGGGUUGGUUUGCGGGAAGGAAUCUGGCUGUUUCUCAAGUCACCACUAAAUACUUCCUGUGGGUUGAUGAUGAUUACAUAUUCAAUAACAAUACACGGAUUGAAAGCUUUGUGGAGAUAAUGGAGAAAGUUCCAGAACUGGAUGUGGUUGGUGGUGCAGUGGGAAAAGAUCAGUUCUAUUUCCGCCUUCAGUACGAGGAAGGGGAUGAAGAGGAGGGCGGUUGUCUCAGACGUUUUCAUAGGAAGAGCCAUCAAUCAGUCCCAGGCUUUAAAGGCUGCUCCUUUGUAGACGGGACCGUCAACUACUUCCUGGCACGGACAGAUGCGGUGCGACGGGUUGGCUUUGAUCCGUUUCUGAAGAGGGUGGCUCAUACUGAGUUUUUUCUUGAUGGUCUCGGAGAUUUGUUGAUUGCCUCUUGCAAAGGACUUGCAGUCGGCCACCAGAAGAAACGUAAACAAAGCAAAUACAGAAAAUUUAGGUUUCCAGGACGAAAUGAUGGAAAAAACAAAUUGGCCCAUCAUUACUUCAAGAAUUAUUUGAAAUGCAUCAAGUACUGAGUGACUGUUGAGGAGAAAGGUGAUCAUUCACCCACAGAGAGCAAACAUCAUUUUACUUUUUGUCGAAUUGAAAGAUUGAAAGAAUGGAUAUGAGGAAUAUU